GGAUAAUACUGCACCACCUCUCGGGGCCCUUAACAAUAACAACAGUUUGGUGUGUGUCAUGAAGUAUACAGUAGCACUCUGUCUUCUCCAGUGACUAGUGAUGGACGAUACACCUAGAAUCAAUUUAGAUGUUCCACGGUACGAUCAGUCGCAGUUCAUCGGACGUCUGCGUCAUUUCUUUGGUAUUACAGACUGGAGACUGUGUUUCAAAACUGACAGAGAGCUUGAGGAAGUUAAAGAACUGCUUGAGAGGUACCGACAUGGACAAGAGCCUCCAGGUACCACUGAAGAGAAGAUCUGGUACGCAAAACGAGCAUAUGAAUCAGCGUUCCACCCAGACACCGGUGAUAAACAGAAUGUCAUUGGUCGCAUGUGCUUCCAAGUUCCUGGUGGAAUGAUUCUUACUGGUGCUAUGCUCACAUUUUAUAAGUCCACUUCAGCUGUUGUAUUCUGGCAAUGGGCAAAUCAAUCCUUCAAUGCUCUAGUUAAUUUUACCAAUCGUAAUGCUAAGUCUCCUCUGAGUGAAACUCAGUUGGCUGUAGCAUACGUGUCUGCUACAGGUGCAGCUCUUGCAACUGCUCUAGGACUGAAGAGUUUCUUGGCUGGAAGAGCAUCAACUCUACUUCAGAGAUAUGUUCCCUUUGCUGCUGUUGCUGCAGCCAACUGUAUCAACAUUCCUUUAAUGCGUCAGAACGAGCUUGUGAACGGCAUUGUUGUGUGUGACGAAGAUGGUAAUGAGUUGGCCAACUCAAGGAUAGCUGCCGUUAAAGGAAUAUCACAAGUUGUCUUCUCUCGGAUCUUCAUGGCUGCUCCUGGGAUGACACUUCUUCCUGUGAUCAUGGAAAAUUUGGAAAAAAGGCAUUUUUUCAUUAAAAAUCCCCGGUUAAAUGCUCCUUUUCAAGCUGUGGCGUGUGGUGUGAUCCUCACAUUUAUGACACCAGCAGCUUGUGCACUUUUCAGUCAGAAAUGUGCAAUCAGUACAUCUACAUUAGCCCAGCUGGAGCCAGACGCCUUUGCAACACUGAAGACAAAGUGUAGUGAGGGUGUACCACAGUCAGUGUACUUCAACAAGGGGUUGUGAGCAGCAGCACCAAUCUAAUAAUAUUAUCUACACGUAAUGUGGCUUCAGAGCCUGUGAAUGAAUAUGAGUGUUUUAAUUGAUGUAAUCUGCACAUGGUAAUGUGGCGAGACAACCAGUGAAUGUGUAAUGGUGACUACGGUUUGUUGUAUAUAAUUUUCACGUGGUAAUGGAGCAAGACUGCCAGAGUGAUGGUGAAUGUGUUUCUUUGACUCGCCCUACUUUGAUGUGUAAUGGCCAGUAUGUAAAACAAUAUUGUGGUUGACAAUAAAUGUAAUAAUAAUGUGUAAUUUGUGUUGAUGACUUGAAUGUUAUGAGUGUAAUGUAACUUAUGCUGAAGGCUACAUCAAUGGGAUUAAUACUUGAUAAUAUAACUAAAGUACGUACAAUGAACACUUGUUAGUGCUCAAUAAUAACUCAUAUGGAGACAGAAACACAGGAGAUUAAUUGACCUCUAUAUUUCAACCCCCUUCUGGGGUCCUCUUCAGCAGAUCUGAGUUUCUGCCUAUCUCUGUUAUUAUUGAGCACUUGAUAACAUCUCAGAGUUGAGGUUAUUAUUUGUUCUUGUCUGCUGCAGAUGCAAUUUAUUUUGUUAAAAAUGUUAGUUAUGUAAUUCAUGGAGUAGUCGUAAUUUACGAAGUAGAAAUGAUUAGCUUCACUUUCAAACGUGUCUAAUUUGGAUGCUACUUCUAUUGAAUUUUAUUAAAGACAAAUGAUUUGUUGAAGUCUGUACAGAAUAUGUAAGUUUGUUUUUAAGAUGAAUUAUUAAUAAAUUGAGAAAUAGGUUAAAACUUAAUAGGUGAGAACAUAACUUGUUGGCUCAUUUUAAUUUGAUGUGUGUGUGCAUGCCUGGCAAGACAGCUAUUGAAUGGGUAAUUGAAUACAUAUUUUCAUUGAGUCGUCCUACUGUAGCAGUUGUAAUGUCUGUACAUUUCUGAAAAGACACCUUUUAGACGAAUGCUGGUGAAUGUGUUUAUUUGUUGGAUUAAAAACAAUGCGUGGUGCCCAGGGGUAUAAUUCAGAGGGCUGAGGAGGGGUUAUUGAUGUGGUUUAGGCAUGUAGAGAGAAUGGAGAGGGAUUGGUUGAUAUUGAGGGUGUAUAAAUAUGAAGUGGAAGAUGAGAGAACGGAUGUAAUUCUAGGAAUGAUUGGAGGGAGGGGGUACAGGAGGCUUUAAUUUUAAGUGGCUUAAGCAUCCAACAGGUUUGAGUAAGCGUAUUAGAUAGGAGUCAGUAGAUACUAGUAUUCUUUAAUGUGAGCAGGGUAACCUAUAUAAAGGGAUUAAGGGAAAGUGGUUAGCCGGACUUGAGUCCUGGACGUGGAAGGGCAGUGUCUGCACUCCGAAGGCAGAGUGGAAAUGUUGCAGUCGCAGGGUAGUCUGAUUGUGGUGUCAACACACUUGUGGAAAGAUAGUGAUUCACUGGAUGUUGAUGAACGUGUUUUCUUCUUUGGUCACCUUACCUUGGUGUGAGAUAGCCAUUAAGUUGAAAAACAAAUGUAUAUAGAGUAUAUAUAUAUACUAGUCAUAUAGAAAUACAUAUCUAGACAUAAUAUAUACAUACAUACACAUGUACAUUAUUAUUAUUUUUUAUUAUUAACACACUGGCCGAUUCCCACCAAGGCAGGGUGGCCCGAAAAAGAAAAACUUUCACCAUCAUUCACUCCAUCACUGUCUUGCCAGAGGGAUGCUUUACACUACAGUUUUUAAACUGCGAUAUUAACACCCCUCCUUCAGAGUGCAGGCACUGUACUUCCCAUCUCCAGGACUCAAGUCCGGCCUGCCGGUUUCCCUGAAUCCCUUCAUAAAUGUUACUUUGCUCACAGUCCAACAGCACGUCAAGUAUUAAAAACCAUUUGUCUCCAUCCACUUCUAUCAAACACGCUCACGCAUGCCUGCUGGAAGUCCAAGCCCCUUGCACACAAAAACCUCCUUUACCCCCUCCCUCCAACCUUUCCUAGGCCGACCCCUACCCCGCCUUCCUUCCACUACAGACUGAUACACUCUUGAAGUCAUUCUGUUUCGCUCCAUUCUCUCUACGUGUCCGAACCACCUCAACAACCCUUCCUCAGCCCUCUGGACAACAGUUUUGGUAAUCCCGCACCUCCUCCUAACUUCCAAACUACGAAUUCUCUGCAUUAUAUUCACACCACACAUUGCCCUCAGACAUGACAUCUCCACUGCCUCCAGCCUUCUCGCUGCAACAUUCAUCACCCACGCUUCACACCCAUAUAAGAGCAUUGGUAAAACUAUACUCUCAUACAUUCCCCUCUUUGCCUCCAAGGACAAAGUUCUUUGUCUCCACAGACUCCUAAGUGCACCACUCACCCUUUUCCCCUCAUCAAUUCUAUGAUUCACCUCAUCUUUCAUAGACCCAUCCGCUGACACGUCUAAAUACCACAGUGAAAAUAAGUAAAACAUCUGAAGGUAUGUGUGUGUAAGCACAUGAAAGUUCUCAGGUGUUUUUCCUAUUUUUAUUUUGGUAUUUUUAUAUACAAUGGAACCUUGUUUUCCGUAUGCCCCAGCUUGCACAUUUUUUUUUUUUUUUCAACAAGUCGGCUGUCUCCCACCGAGGCAGGGUGACCCAAAAAAGAAAGAAAAUCCCCAAAAAGAAAAUACUUUCAUCAUCAUUCAACACUUUCACCACACUCUCACAUUAUCACUGUUUUUGCAGAGGUGCUCAGAAUACAACAGUUCAGAAGCAUACACAUAUAACCACAGUUAUUCUUCAUAAAAUGUAUUUUUUUGAUAUUUCCCAUAAGAAAUAAUGAAAAUCCAAUUAAUCCGUUCCAGACACCCAAAAAUAUUAAAAAAAAAUACAUUUUAUGGAGAAUAACUAUGGUUUUACUCGCAAGCUGGGACAUACAAAAACUGAAGUUCCACUGUAUUUGCAAUCACGUAUUUAUUGUGAUUUCUUCCAUACAUAUAAACAAAACUCCAUGGGGAAGUGGAACAGAAUUCUUCCUCCGUAAGCCAUGCGUGUCAUAAGAGGCGACUUAAAUGCCGGAAGCAAGGGGCUAGUAACCCCUUUUGUAUAUACUAUUACUAAAUUUAAAAGGAGAAACUUUCGUUUUUCCUUUUGGGCCACCCCACCUAAGUGGGAUACGCCUGGUACGUUGAAAGAAGAAAGAAUAUAUACAAAACACAGACACAAUGCAGUAGAUACUGCACAAGUGAUAUUUCCCUCCAUUACUCUAAUAUGAUCAAACCAUACUUGGUUACCAUAGCUAAUUGAUUUUGUUGAGUAACUUUGAGUACAUAGUGGAUCAUUGAAGGCAGUGCUUGUAGAACGAACUACGGUCUAUAAAUUGACAAUUGAACGCUCUACCAUCUAGACUAACCUACGGCCUCUAAUAGAAAGGAAUUGGAGCUGAUACACACUGUAUUCCAUCAGAGGAAGUCACAUAAUGGUUAUAAUCAUAACCAUAAUUUUUAAAGGGGUUGACUGGAAAGCCAGUGGAAGGCAUCAGUCAGAUGACCAAAAGCUCCAGCUGUGGGUCAUCAUCUGACUAAGACCCAUCUCAGGAAAUACUUAUCCUGUUUCCUGACAAACCUAACCUAGCCCAACCUUCCAUCAGAGGCACCAACUGUAACCCAACUGUAACCCAACUGUAACCCAACUGUAACCCAACUGAACUAGGUGCAUUAGAAUUUUUCAACUCCUCUACUGGUAUUUUAGUCGUAAGAAACCAAAGAGAGAGGUACAGGGGCUCCUCAGCUUACCAUGGUUUGAUUUACGACAUUUCAACUUUACAAUGGUGCUGCAACAAUUACUUUGGGGAUGAAACUUAAGAUAAUUACCCAACAUGAAGGCAGCAAGUCCUUAACUUGUAUUCAUUUAUUGACUUUUCAAUACUGGUAUUUAUUUACAGUAAAUAUUUGUUUAUUUACUGAAUCAGUGACAGUACAGUAGACCCCCGCUUAACGAUCACCUCCAAAUGCGACCAAUUAUGUAAGUGUAUUUAUGUAAGUGCGUUUGUACGUGUAUGUUUGGGGGUCUGAAAUGGACUAAUCUACUUCACAAUAUUCCUUAUGGGAACAAAUUCGGUCAGUACUGGCACCUGAACAUACUUCUGGAAUGAAAAAAUAUCGUUAACCGGGGGUCCACUGUAUUUAUUUACUUAUUGAUCAUACAUUCAUAUUUGGCUUAAGAUAUUUUUGACUUACAGUGGGUUCAUUAGAACAUAUAAGUCGAAGAAUUGAGACACUUAUGCAACAUAUGGGAAUCUUUACUGAAGAAA